AUGGCUUCCUCUUCCGGGAGUCUAGACACCUCAGCGAAUUCCCACCCCAGCAACUUCACCUUCUCCACUCACCCCUUCAUGAACACCUCCUUCUCCGACCUCCUAUCCUCCGGCGCCGAACCCACAAACCCAAUAACCCGAUACUCCGGGCACGGGCUAUCCGACCGUAUUGCGGAGCGGACCGGGUCAGGUGUCCCCAAGUUCAAGUCACUCCCGCCUCCCCAGCUCCCCAUUUCGCCUCCCUCGGUCUCUCCCUCUUCCUACUUCGCAAUCCCGCCUGGGAUGAGCCCUGCCGAGCUUCUCGACUCUCCUGUACUUCUCAGCUCCUCCAACAUUCUUCCAUCUCCAACUACUGGGAGUUUUGCAGCUCAAGCCUUUAAUUGGAGAACCAAUUCUGGUUCUGGCACUAACAACAACAAUAACAACAACAGCCAGAGUGUUAAAAAGGAGCACAAGAACUACUCUGAUUUCUCUUUCCAAACCCAAACCAGGCCCCCUCCAACUUCAUCAUCAGCAAUUUUCCAAUCCUCAAACAGCUCAAUUCAGACUGCUCAAGAACAGGCAUGGAAUAACUAUCUAGGUCCUUCCAAACAAGAUGAGUUUUCUUCAGGGAAGAGUAUGGUGAAACCUGAGUAUGGUUCUUCAGUGCAGAGCUUCUCUUCUGAAAUGGCCACCAAUAUGCAAGGCAAUAAUGUUCAGGCCAACAGCAAUGGUGGUUUCCAAUCAGAUCAGUACAGCAACUACAAUAACACCAACACCACCGGCAACAACAACAACAACAACAACACCCAGCUCCAGUCUCAUCAGUGCUUGAACAAGAGAUCAGAUGAUGGGUUCAAUUGGAGGAAAUAUGGCCAGAAACAAGUGAAGGGAAGCGAAAAUCCGCGAAGCUAUUACAAGUGUACUUAUCCGAAUUGCCCAACCAAGAAAAAGGUUGAGAGGUCUUUGGAUGGACAAAUCACCGAGAUAGUUUACAAGGGUAAUCAUAACCAUCCCAAGCCACAGAAUACUAGAAGGUCAGGUUCAUCAGCGGCUUCUACCCAUGCCGUUCAGGUUUCAAGUCAAACCACCAAUGACAUCCCGGAUCAUUCUUUCGGCUCUCAUGGGAAUUCACAAAUGGAUAACUCCAUUGGUACACCAGAGAAUUCAUCCCUUUCACUGGGAGAUGAUGAGUUUGAUCAGAGCUCUCAGAGAAGCAAGUCAGGAGGAGGGGAUGAGUAUGAUGAAGAUGAGCCUAAUGCCAAAAGAUGGAAAAAAGAAGGUGACAAUGAAUGUAUAUCAGCCCCUGGAAGUAGAACAGUAAGAGAACCAAGAGUUGUAGUUCAAACAACUAGUGACAUUGAUAUUCUUGAUGAUGGGUAUAGGUGGAGGAAGUAUGGUCAGAAAGUAGUAAAGGGCAACCCAAAUCCAAGGAGCUACUACAAGUGCACAAAUCCAGGCUGUCCAGUGAGGAAGCACGUAGAGCGAGCUUCACAUGAUCUUAGAGCAGUGAUCACAACCUACGAAGGGAAGCACAACCACGAUGUUCCUGCAGCUCGUGGCAGUGGCUCUGCCAACAGGCCUUUACCAAGCAACAAUACCAACAACAACAACAACAUGAACAACCACCACAAUGUAGCCCCAGCAAUGAGGCCUAUGACCCAUCACAGUACUAACAAUGCUGCUAACAACAACCCUAUUCAAAAUCUAAGGCUACCGACAUCAGAAGGGCAAGCACCCUUUACUCUCGAGAUGUUGCAGAGUCCAGGAAGUUACGGAUUUGCAGGGUUUGAGAACUCCAUGGGGUCAUACAUGAACCAAACACAGCUCAAUGACAACAACAUGUUUUCUAAAACCAAGGAUGAGCCGAGAGAUGAUGCAUUCUUCGAGUCGUUGCUAUGUUGAUAACUCUGCAAUCUACAUCAGCUGCGUAGUUUUGGAAAGAUUUAGAGUUUAGAAAGGAGGUCAAAACUCGAUACAAUAAGCACACACACAGUCAGUCAGGUUCAUUCCAUUCAUUGCCUUUUGUUCAUUAAUUUGUUAUGUUCUGUAUAUUCUUUGUUUUUACAGGGAUUGCUUUCUGUAUAUUCAAAAAAUUGUAUGUCAUAAAAGAAGUUUCUCAAAUGGCUUAUUUUUUCAUUGUUUUUGUAACCCCAUAUGUUACAUCUGUAGUGAAAUUUGGAUCCAAAGUUUGUAUUCUAUAGUGCUUUUUAUGUCAUCAAAUUCUGGAAGCUGUUGGGAUAUAUAUGCAAUCGUCAUCCCUUACAACAUGUAAAGGUUGAACGGGUCAUAUGUGUGGAGCUGGAGAUUACAUUACUUAGUGCCCAAGUUGGUCAAGGUCAAAUGUGUAUUUUUCAUUGUUCAUUUUUAUUUAUUUUUUUAUUUUUUUAUUUUCUUCACACAUGGACUCUUCUGGGGUGGUUGGUCUCUUUGUGGAGCCCACUUACAUGAAGCUACAUUCAUCGUAUUUGGUCUUGGUCCAUUGAUGGUGAUAGCCAUUUCUUGUUCAUUCUGUUACCCUUUUUCUUUUCAU